AUGUCUUCAUACUCUACUCGUCAAGUUGGUGCUGCCAACACUUUAGACUACAAAGUCUACAUUGAAAAAGAUGGUAAACUAGUUUCUCCAUUCCACGAUAUUCCAUUAUACGCCAAUGAAGAAAAAACCAUUUUGAACAUGAUUGUUGAAGUUCCAAGAUGGACCAAUGCUAAAUUGGAAAUUUCCAAAGAACAAAAAUUGAACCCAAUUAUUCAAGACACCAAAAAGGGUAAAUUGAGGUUUGUCAGAAACUGUUUCCCACACCACGGUUACAUUCACAACUACGGUGCCUUCCCACAAACUUGGGAAGAUCCAAACCAAUCCCAUCCAGAAACCAAAGCUAAAGGUGACAAUGAUCCAUUAGAUGUUUGUGAGAUUGGUGAAAAAGUUGCUACUGUUGGUGAAGUUAAACAAGUCAAGGUUUUGGGUGUCAUGGCCCUUUUGGAUGAAGGUGAAACCGAUUGGAAAGUCAUUGUCAUUGACGUUAACGAUCCAUUGGCUCCAAAAUUGAACGACAUUGAAGAUGUUGAAACUCAUUUGCCAGGUUUGUUGAGAGCUACCAACGAAUGGUUCAGAAUUUACAAAAUCCCAGAUGGAAAACCAGAAAAUCAAUUUGCUUUCUCCGGUGAAUGUAAAAACAAGAAAUACGCCGAAGAAGUUAUUGGUGAAUGUGCUGAAGCUUGGGAAAAAUUAAUCAAAGGUGAAUCAGUUGAUUCUAAAGGAAUUGAUUUGACUAACACCACCUUGUCUUCUACCCCAUCUUACUCUGAUGCUGCUGCUCAAGAAAUUCCAAGUGCUUCUCCAGCUCCAGCUGCUCCAAUUGACAAAUCUAUUGACAAAUGGUUCUUCAUUUCUGGUGCUCAUUAA